CAAUCGUGAAUCGAGUCAGCUGAUCAACGUCGUCCAUUCUGUUGGAUUGUUGAAGUGUUAAAAUAAAAAUAAUUGUGUCUUGAUUAAUUGUACUCGUAAAAAUAUGUCGAGUAAAGAUAGAUUACCAAUUUUCCCUUCAAGAGGGGCUCAAAUGUUGAUGAAGUCACGUUUGGCUGGAGCAACAAAAGGCCACAGACUUCUUAAGAAAAAAGCUGAUGCAUUGCAAAUGCGUUUUCGUAUGAUCCUUGGAAAGAUCAUCGAGACAAAAACAUUGAUGGGUGAAGUUAUGAAAGAAGCAGCAUUUUCACUUGCUGAAGCAAAAUUUGCAACUGGUGAUUUUAAUCAAGUUGUAUUACAAAAUGUAACAAAAGCACAAAUUAAAAUACGUUCAAAAAAAGAUAAUGUUGCUGGUGUUAAUUUACCAGUAUUUGAAUCAUAUCAAGAUGGUACUGAUACAUAUGAACUUGCUGGUUUAGCAAGAGGUGGUCAACAACUUGCUAAAUUAAAAAAAAAUUAUCAAAAAGGUGUUAAAUUAUUAGUUGUAUUGGCAUCAUUACAAACAAGUUUUGUAACACUUGAUGAAGUUAUUAAAAUAACAAAUCGUCGUGUUAAUGCUAUUGAACAUGUUAUUAUUCCAAGAAUUGAAAAAACAUUGGCAUAUAUUAUUUCGGAAUUGGAUGAAUUAGAGAGAGAAGAAUUUUAUCGUUUAAAAAAAAUUCAAGAUAAAAAAAAGAUUAUAAAAGCUGCUGCUGAACGAAGACGUUUGGAAUUAAUUUCAGCUGGUGCAGUUGAUACUGAUCCAGCUAAUAUGCUUGAUAAUGAAGAUGCUGAUCUUUUAUUUUAAAAAAAUUAACGUGUCUCCAGCAAACAAGACAUGUACAUACAUAUAUAUAUUUUUUUUUUGUUUCCAAUUUAAAUAAUAAUUUUCAACAAGUGUUGUCUAAUUGAAAAAGCAAAUAGUUUUUGUGCUUUCUCAUUUUCUCAACCUCUUGUUAUUAAUAAUAAUUAUAAUAAAAGUAGUUAUUAUUAUUUUAAAAUUAUUUUCAUGAUUGAGAUUCGUGUACAUGCGUUAAUAUUG